UGACUGCUGGGAAACAAAAGGCAGUGAGCCGCGGCUGGGAAAUGUCAUCAUUCAUCUUAAUGGAGGAAAUAGUCUUCACCUAGUCAAUACUGGCAUUCUUGGAGGGUGAAAUAAGAGCGAGGCUGUUGUUAUUCUGCUGUUUCCGCGUGAACAGGACACCGAAUCUGGCAACAGUAAGUGACUGGAUCGGAUUUGGAGAAUCCACAGGUUCCUCCUCAUCGCUUAUUUAUUUAUUUAUUAUUUUUAUUUUUUCCAUUUGAAGAGGAAAACCUUCGCAGUGUUUGUUACCGGAUGGGUCCGGACUGAGAGACACACGCUGUGUCACAUCACGGACCUGCUUCUUGAUUAAUUUAUCGUUGAAGACGGCCGAAGAAGUUAGUUCAUGCUUUGAGGGUAACAGACCUCCGACUGAACACCUGACUUGUGAACUGAACGCGUUAUGCAGAACUGGAAAACAUUUGUUUUUUGAGCUUUUCUACGCAUUUUUGGAGCUGACAUUUCCGUGACGAGGGAAGUUAUCCGCGCUGCUGUCUGCCGAGGAGAGGUGCUGUCCGUGGUCCUGAAGUCUUCUCGACAGCUGUCACUUGAGCCCAGACUGGACUUGAAGGAAACUUAUUGACAGCAGGAGUCCCAGAGACUGUGUCCACCAGCAGCUCCACACAGAGCUGAAUAUGGUAACUCAGUACAAACUUUUCCCAAAAACUUUGGUAUUUUUGACUUUUGCCGUUCAGCUGAGCAGGCCAGUAUGUGUCGACGUCCCGUCAGAUACGGAAGCAGUUCUGGGGAACUCCAUGAAGUUGACCUGCAUUUCCUGCAUGAAGAGGGAAGAGGUCACAGCAAAGACCCGUGUGGAUUGGUACUUCACGCCGAAUACAGAAGAAAAUGGCGAGCUGAAUAGAACUCAUAUAUACGUGUUCGAAGACUUCGUUGCAAAGCCCCUGGAUGGACCAUUUAAAGACCGUCUUACAUGGAAUGGUAGCCAGGACUUGCAAGAUGUCUCCAUUCGAGUCCUGAAUGUCACAUUUAAUGACAGUGGUUUCUAUCAAUGCCAUAUUCUUCGUGAAUUUAAGUUUGGCUUCUUCGAGCCCUCGUUCUUUGUUGAGAAGAACAUCACACUGACGGUGAAAGAGAAAGCCACUCAGGACACCGCGGCAAUCUACUCGGAGAUCAUGAUGUAUGUGCUGCUGGUGUUCUUGACCUUCUGGCUGUUGGUAGAAAUGGUCUACUGCUACAGGAAGAUCUCCAAGUCCGAUGAGCAGGCGCAGGACACAGCGACAAACUACCUAGCCAUUCCCUCCGAGCAGAAAGACAAUCCAGCCCCUUCGGCUGCUGAAUAAAGCGGUUGUCGCCGACACGGUAUUGACCAAUCACGAUGGGAUGUCAGUGUCAGGCAUACGUCUCACCACCUCAACAGUGCCACUAAGAAGGUGUCGUUACUCCCAGGGAAUCUUGGGAAUCCUGCCAACACACCUCCCCUGUGUAUUGACUGUGUCUUGUGAGAAGUCAGUCAGAAAAUGUCUGUGCUCAGUUUUUCUCCUCUUUCUCCUCUUGUGUCUUUGUUUUUGUUUUGUUUUUUCCCUGAGUUUUUUUUAACCUCUGUGCCAGGCAUCUGUGAUGGAGCGCUUUCACAACCACAACAGGGUGGAGAUGAAAUGUGUCGGCGUCCUCAGUUAUCACAACACACACACCACGCUUCACUGUGUAGACUUAACGUUCUCUUUGUAGCUAGUAGUGCCUCUGUGAUUUAGAACAAGCAGGUUUAGUCUAAGAAGAAAUCUAUCCCUCUCUGGUCUACAUGUUUACUCAUGUAUUCAAUUUGUACAGUUGAAGUAAUAGUACAUUUCUGUUUUUGGUUUCUUACAAUUUUAUAAAAAUCUUUUUGGGUCACAGUUUAAUUUGUAUUUGUAAGGAGUUUUUUUUUUUUUUUUUUUUUUUUUUUUUAAUGAAAUGGAUUUAGCAGCUUUUAUACUGUGUGGAUGUGCAUUUAUCCCUGGUUUGCUGGGAGCAGAAAGCAAUGAAAAUCAAGAUGCAUCUAAAAAAAAAAAAAUCACAAUUUCAUUCCAGUAGUAAAACUUGUAUAUAUUUUCAUUGCAUAUGACAUAAAAUCACAUAAUUCUUGUGAUUCUUUAUCAUUUUAGUUCUGAAAUCAUGAAGUUAAAACAGUUUGUUUAGUGGUUCUCAUAGCAAAUCGUGGUUGAACUAACGGAGUGCCAUUUCAGUGAUGUUGUAAUUUUCCGAGAUGCACCUGUAUGCUGUACACAUAUACUGAUGAUGCCGUAUAAAGUCACACUGUUUCAGCUGAUCGGAGGUCGUCAUAUACUGCCCUCUGUUUGAAUCCUUCAUCUAUUUAAAAUGCUGAUGUUGAAGUACAAUCAGUAGGAGUCUUUUCAAGCUUUGACUAUCGCUGAUAAUCCUCAAUAACAUUGCUGUUGAGACUAAUUGUGUGCCUCUUUCUAUAUCGCAAACAAUGAUUUCUAUAUAGUUAUUAAAACAUACAAUGCUGAACGUCAAUACCAGAUAUAAUAUAUCAUGUGCGAGUGUUCUGCUUUUAAACUAUUAAAUACAAAGCAUUUCACAGCCUGUGUUGAAGCUCGUUUGUUGUUUACUGGAAACCUAUUCUAGUACUUUGGUCUAAUUGCUCCGAUAGCAGAGCAACUAUUCAAUUGGAUGAAUUUAGACUUUAACUUAACUGGGAUUGUGAGAGAAAAAUAGACUAUUGACUGUCAGCAGCUUCUGCGCCUUAUGCUCAUCCUAUUAUCUGUGAGUCUGGUGGUGUUGAAAGGAAGAGAGCCGGCUUUAAAUCAGCCACAAUGCGCACCUCUGGAGUCUCCGGUUCUCAUUAAUGCUACAGAAAAGUGGCUGACACAAGGACUGCUGAUUACUUUCUACUCGAUGUAAAUUCUUAG